AUGUACUCAAACAAAAUCGAGGGACCACGUAGAGGAAGAUCUUUUGACUCGAUGAACAUUGGCUUUGAGGAAAAACUGCUGAACAAUGAGAUAAACAAAUCAACCUUUACAAAAAUCGAAGAAAACACUGAGAAGAAGAAUACGCCUGAGAAAGGGAGAGCAACAAUAAUCUUUUCCCUCAAGAAUGAAGUGGGAGGACUUGUAAAGGCGCUCAAACUCUUCCAAGAAAAUCAUGUCAACCUUGUGCACAUAGAGUCCAGAAAAUCCAAAAGACGCAACUCCGAGUUUGAAAUAUUUGUGGACUGUGACAGCAACCACGAACAACUGAAUGAAAUCAUCCAGCUGCUUCGGAAGCAUGUGAACGUGGUGGAUAUGGAGCCUCCAGAUAACUCCUGUCUACACGAGGAAGAUAUGUAUGAUGUACCUUGGUUUCCAAAGAAAAUCUCUGACUUGGACAAGUGUGCUAACCGUGUCCUGAUGUACGGCUCUGACUUGGAUGCUGACCAUCCGGGUUUCAAGGACAAUGUCUACCGGAAAAGGAGAAAGUACUUUGCUGAUCUUGCCAUGGCUUAUAAACACGGGGAUCCCAUUCCUCGCAUAGAGUUCACAGAGGAGGAAGUGAAGACAUGGGGUGUAGUGUACAGGGAGCUCAACAAGUUGUACCCGACUCACGCCUGCCGGGAAUACUUGAAGAACCUGCCACUGCUGUCCAAAUACUGUGAAUGUCGGGAGGACAACAUCCCUCAACUGGAAGAUGUCUCACGCUUCCUCAGGGAGCGCACUGGAUUUACCAUCAGGCCUGUGGCAGGUUACCUGUCCCCUCGUGACUUCCUAGCUGGUUUGGCCUUCCGUGUUUUCCACUGCACUCAGUAUGUACGGCACAGCUCCGACCCCUUAUACACCCCAGAGCCGGACACAUGCCAUGAGCUGCUGGGUCACGUCCCGCUGCUAGCAGAGCCCAGCUUCGCCCAGUUUUCUCAGGAGAUUGGUCUUGCUUCACUCGGGGCCUCAGACGACUCAGUUCAGAAACUUGCCACUUGCUAUUUCUUCACGGUGGAGUUUGGCCUAUGCAAACAAGAAGGGCAGCUGCGAGCGUACGGGGCAGGACUGCUGUCCUCCAUCAGUGAGCUUAAGCAUGCACUCUCUGGUAAUGCAAGGAUAAUGCCUUUUGACCCUAAAGUUACAUCCAAACAAGAAUGCAUCAUCACAACAUUUCAGGAUGUCUACUUUGUGUCAGACAGCUUUGAGGAGGCCAAAGUCAAGAUGAGGGAGUUUGCCAAGACCAUCAAGCGUCCCUUCACAGUCCGAUACAACCCCUACACCCAGAGUGUGGAUGUGCUAAAAGAUACUCCCAGCAUUAACAGCGUCGUGGAGGAACUUCGACAUGAGCUUGACAUAGUCGGAGAUGCUCUCAGCCGGCUGAACAAGCAGCUGGGUGUCUGA